AUGAUUGACCAAGCGGCUUACAGCAGUAUCCCAGAAAGUGCAUCCCAGUUCAAUGGCCUUCAACAGAACGGGUUCAGCUUCCUCAAGGCUCAGGCUGCUACCCAGACCAAAGCUGAGGCCCAUAGCACCGAAGCCCGGCGGGGGUACCUGGAUGCUGUCAAAGGGAAGUGUCUUGACAAUUUUGUCCUUCGGUGA